GCUCACUAUGAUUACACCAACACUAACGCGUUCACACUCACACGUUUCCAGAUCUCUUGCUGUUAGGACAAGCAGCAUCCGCGUCGUUACGCACAUCGGAGUCACUCACAUAAGGCACCAGGUGCAGGUAAUGCCAGAGAUUCGACAAUGCUUGGAAUCUACAUGAUAAUGGCCAUGUUGGCCAGCGUCUGCGCACAAGAACCAGAGGAACCUGUCACUUACACAUGCACAGAUGGCUAUGAGUACGAUCCCAUCAGACAAGUGUGCAAAGACAUUGACGAGUGCGUCAUCGUUCCUGAUGCCUGCAAGGGGGGUAUGAAGUGCUAUAACCACUUUGGUGGAUACCUAUGUCUGCCACAGAAUGCGCAAAUCUUUGUAAGCAGAGGAGAUGAGAUGGCUCAGCCUACUGAACCGAGUCCCCCAAUCCCUCCGGUUCCUCCAAAUGUAAACUCUCCAAACCUCCAACCAGGAAGCCUGCCUGAGCGCCGACAGAGUGGUCUGCACAGGUCCAUACACUGCUCACCUGGUUUCACCUUGGAUGAGCAGAAUUACUGUAGAGAUAUAGAUGAGUGUAAUACAGGAAGGCACACAUGCAGUCCGGAUCAGAUCUGCUAUAACACCCGAGGGUCUUUCCUGUGCCAGUGUCCAUCGGGAUACCAGAAGAACGGUGACGAAUGUGUGGAUAGAGACGAGUGCCUCACGUCACACUACUGCAUGCACAGAUGUGUGAACGUCCCAGGAUCCUACUACUGCGAGUGUAACCCUGGCUACCAGCUGGCCAGCAAUAACCACAGCUGUGUUGACGUGAACGAGUGUCAGGUGAGUCAGCCGUGCGAUCAUCAGUGUUACAACCUUAUUGGCUCCUUUAUCUGCCACUGUAGGCAGGGUUAUGAGCUGGCACCGGACUCCGUUUCCUGUAUAGACAUUGACGAGUGUGCCUUCUCGCGCUACAUGUGCCAAUACGCUUGCAUUAACAGCCCGGGAGAAUAUUCCUGCACUUGCCCUGAAGGAUAUGAGCUCCAGGGAACAAGAACGUGUCAAGACAUUAAUGAGUGUGAAACAGGCCACAAAUGCAGCGAAGAGGAGUUCUGCUGGAACUAUUAUGGAGGAUUCCGGUGUUACCCGAAAAACCCUUGUCAAGAGCCUUAUGUGCGCACGUCAGAAAACCGCUGUGUCUGCUCAUCUACAAGUGCAUGCCGUGGCUUGCCCCAGUCCAUCGUCUACAAGUACAUGAAUAUUCACUCUGACCGAACCGUACCGGCAGACAUUUUCCAGAUCCAAGCCACCAACAUCUACAGCAACACACACAAUACCUUCAGGAUCAGAUCUGGCAAUGACGGCGGAGAGUUCUUCCUGAGGCGUUCCAGUAACGUCAGCGCAAUGUUGGUGUUGACCAAGUCUUUAGAGGGCCCACUUGAGAUAAUCAUUGAUCUAGAGAUGAUCACCCACCACACCGUCACAAACUAUCGCACCAGCUCCUUAUUACGGCUUACCAUCAUCGUUGGACCGUUCUCCUUCUAACGGCUGCCUCUUCACAUGUUUAAACAUAUCCAAUAUGCUACAUUCUUGUUCCCUACCAUCACAGUGCCAAGAAUUUAUGAACUAUGCAAGUUGAGUCUUUCUUUUUUUUAUACUUUAUGUUCUGUAUAGUUGAUCCUGCUCUGCCAUGGGAACGUCUGAUAUUAAUAAAGAUUCGAUAGACAAGGUGUCCACUAGCAGUGAGUCACAGAGGAAUCUGUGGCUUUACCUAACCAGAGACGAUGAAAGUGUGUGUUUGACAGGAUCUUUUGUGACAUUGAGACGAAGCAAGUUCUGGAGAGACAGUAAUCGAUGCUAGGGGCUAGUGAUAAAAGGUAUAGCAGUAUAACAGUGUAUUGUCUACUUUUUUAUUUGAAUUUAUGUCAUAAUGGCUGAAGGUCCAUUUUCUUUCUGACCCACAAGACUAAUCCGUUCUUCUUCAGAUAUAAGCAACAAGUGGUGAGCGUGUGACCUUGUUAUCCUGAAUGAGUUAAUUUAACCUCAGCAAUUUUUUUUUUUCAUUCUUGAACCCUGUCCAAUGGCUCAGUCCCAAAAUGUUCUCAGUCAACAUAAUUAACGAACUGAAAUUAUUUUUAAUCCUGGGGACAAAACAUUCUGUUCUAAUGGUAUUUUGAAUUGCACUCGAGAUGUUUGCAGCCUCUGUUGAUGAAAGAGUACUAUUUAUGUGGUUGGAUGUUGCCACAUUAAUAAAUCUACGUAGAUUAAUUUCCUUUUUCUGUUUUAGAACGUUGCUUUGGAGUUAGUCUCGGUGGUAACAUGGCUCUUGAACAAUAAAUAGGCAGGAAAUGAUGGCAAAUGCCACAGUACAGCAGAACUUUUUUUGAGUGUUUCCCACAACCGGAUUAAAUGGACUAAUGCAGUGGAAAGCACUUGGCCAACUUUAUUAAUUCCACUGAGGUUACCCUGAGGCAAAAAAAUUCUCUCUUCCCAGUCCAAGCUUUCAAUCAGCCAAAUAUUGGGUAUACUUUGAAGAUUUGUAUGGGUAAAUGCAGGAUGUAGUCAUGAUCCAUGCUAAAGCAGGACGUUCCCCCAGCGUAUGUGCAGCACUGAUGAAGUGGGAAUAACCUACUUCAACAUACCUUCCUCAAGCCUUAAGGUCUUUUGUUUUUACCUGUAAUCCUUGUAUAAUAUGUAGUUCAAUCUCCAAAGUCUAACCUGCAGUGUCUUAUAUAUAUGAAUACAGCAAUAACUGCAAUAAUUAACUAUAUUUGUAUAUUCAGUGUCAUUCACAGAUUAAAGAGCUCUAUGCAGUUGGGAAUCUUUCUUUAUUUAAAAACGAUUUCAUACAUUAACCACAAAUGUUUUUUUUUUGUACUCUAAAGCAGAAUUGUUUUAAAAAAAUAAAGGUUAUAUUUAAGAUUCA